UUAUUUUAUUAAAAUUAUUAUUCUAUCAUAAAAAAAAAAAUUGCAAGAUUCGUUUCACUAUUUUGGCAAUUGAUAAUUCUUCGAUAAUUGUUUAGAAAACAAAAAUUGUUGAAUGUAUAUGGUAUAAUAAUCAUUGUAGUUUUUCAUAAUUAGAUUACAUAUACUACAAAUUGAGCGUAAUAUAAUAUAAUUUUUACCUUCAUCUAUUUAAAAAAAUUAAUCUACAAUAAAUUAAUUAAAAUCUAAAUAAAAUAUUGGAAAAUAUUUUACGUCACGUUUUGUCUGAACUAUAGAGUAUUUUAAAACAGUUGCAAAUUGCACAUUUUAUUAUACGGCAAUUGACGAAACAAUUUUAUAUGAGAAAAUAAAAUAUCUUAUAAGAUUAAGAAAUGACGGUAGUAUAGAUAAGACUAUGAUAUACUAUAACGAUACGAGGUAUAAUGCAUAAAUUAAUCUUAGAAAGUUUAUGUUAUUUCGAAUAAGAGAACUUAUCUUUUAUCGGCGAAAUUAGAGAGAUACAUGAUGACAUUAAAUGUUAUCACUACCGAUUAUUAAAGUCAGUGUGUUUCCGCCUGUCGACGAAGAUUGUGGGGGAAUUCUAUAACAAAAGCUUGCAAAGGGAAACGGUCACCUUCGAUAUUCUAAUUGUUUGCAAACGCGACCAUCAUAACAUUAGUUAUUCCCAAGAAUCUGUUUUUGGUCUUUCUUGAUAUACACAAGGAAAUUUUGUUUAUUAAAUAACAAUAUAAAAAAAAAUAAAAAAAAAAAAAGUAGAAAAGAUUUAUUUAUUAAAAACGUGUCACGAGAGAAUACGAUCGAACGAAUGUACAAGAGGAUCAUUUUACCGAUAAAAUGCAAUUACUCAUCAGUCCAAUCGUCAUCAAACGAAAAACAACGAUGAUAUUAGAAUUAAAAGUAGAAAAAUAAUAUGAUCAUUCAUGUUCGACAAGAAGACACAUUGCCAGCUCGAUAAGGAUCUUUUUGAAUUUGGAUUUGCUGUUCUAACGAAAGCCUAAUCCUUUUAACUUUCAAGUAUCAACGACGUUACCAGUUUUCAAGUUAGAAUGAAAAACACAGAGUGACAUUCUCGAAGAAUCUAAUUUCAUCCUACCGUUGUCAUUGUGAUAUUCAAGGAAAAUUUAUUUGCCAAGAUGGGUUGUGCAAUUUUUGACGAAGACGGUUUUUGGACCAAGAUGGAUAUAAAAAAUAUGACGGAAGCCGAAUAUCUUAAUGAAAUAUUAGGUUCGAAAUAUCUCCCUAUGAGUAUGGUAUUGCCUCUAACUACCGUUUAUGUGGCAAUUUUUGUGUCAGGAAUUUUUGGUAAUAUCGCCACUUGUACGGUUAUUGCAAAAAAUACAUCGAUGCAAACUUCAACUAACUACUAUCUCUUCAAUUUGGCUAUUUCCGACCUGACCCUACUUAUACUCGGUUUGCCGAAUGAACUCAGCGUAUUCUGGCAACAAUAUCCAUGGACUUUGGGAGUUGCACUUUGCAAGAUUAGAGCAUACGUGUCCGAAAUGUCUUCUUACGUGUCAGUUCUCACGAUAGUGGCUUUCUCCAUGGAACGAUAUUUUGCCAUUUGUCAUCCCCUUCGUGUUUAUACUAUGAGUGGAUUGAAAAGACCAAUACGCUUUAUUUUCGCCGCGUGGUCUAUUGCUUUAGUAUCAGCAAUACCGUUCGCUAUUUAUACUAAAGUCAACUAUGUCGAGUACCCUCCAAAAUCAGGGAAUUGUUCCGCCGAGUCAGCGAUCUGCGCGAUACUAUCUAAUAACAUGCCGAAUUUUCCGCUCUACGAGAUAAGCUGCAUCAUCUUUUUCUUUUUACCGAUGCUUGUUAUUCUCGUUGUUUACACAAGGAUGGGUUUGGAAAUAAAAAGGAGUAUGAGACAUACGGUUGGACCGGUCAUUCACAGCUCGAUUCAUGGAGAAACGCGACAGGUUCAAUCUAGAAAAUCCACCAUUAGAAUGUUAAGUGUCGUCGUCGUCAUGUUUUUUCUUUGUUGGGCACCCUUUCAUGCUCAGAGAUUGCUUUACGUUUAUGCAAAGGAUUCUGAUUAUUAUCCUGAUUUAAACGAAUGGCUUUAUAUUUUGAGCGGAUGCCUUUACUACUUCAGUACCACGGUAAAUCCAAUUCUUUAUAAUAUGAUGAGCGUAAAGUACAGAGAGGCUUUUAAGCAAACGAUUUGCUGUAAACGGAAAUUAAGGAAAAGCUGGACCAUUAAGCCACCCGAUCUUUGCCGAUGCAAAUCUAGCGAAGAACCUCAUCUGCCACGUUUUAGGUGCUCAAUGAGGUAUACAUUUGGCCAGGCGAAAGAAGUCUUUCGAUUUUCCUCAAAUCGAGAUCGAGUUGUUCGAGAUAGAUCUAUGUGCAACCAUUACGAUGAAAUUCGAAAGAUUAGGAAUCAGGAUUCAUCCAAAUCUCUUCUAAAUAACAAUGGACAUCCUAUUGUGCAGGAACGGAGCAGUGAGGAAAGUACAACAUCGAAAGAGAUAGUGAAAGAAUCGAUCUCAACGGCCAGUAGUAGUUUCACUAAAAGAAUUCUCUUUCUCUUCUUAUUCAUCCUCUUCGUUAAUUCGAUUAAUUUAUUCGCACAACAACAAGAGAAAAAAGAAACCCAAUAUUUAAGAGGCAUGAAUAUAUCAAGCCGUUACGCGUUACCUUUAACCAAUUUCACAAAAUUUAUGAAUCUGGAUGAAUCCGAAUAUUUGCAAAAGAAAUUGGGUUCGAAGCAUUUGCCGCUUCAACUUGUUUUACCUAUUACUUUUGUUUACGUUAUUAUCUUCGUUACCGGCGUUUUCGGGAAUAUCAUGACAUGCAUUGUUAUUAAGAAGAAACCGAUGAUGCAAACCGCUACGAAUUAUUAUCUCUUUAAUUUGGCCAUCUCGGAUCUUCUUUUAUUAGUUCUAGGUUUACCCAAUGAAUUGAGUAUAUUCUGGGAACAAUAUCCAUGGCAGUUAGGAUUGUGCAUGUGUAAAUUGCGAGCUUUUGUAUCCGAAAUGUCAUCUUACGCGUCGGUACUUACGAUAGUGGCAUUUUCCUUGGAAAGAUAUUUGGCGAUUUGUCAUCCAUUGCAUCUCUAUACAAUGAGCGGUUUAAAGAGACCUGUUAGAUUCAUUCUUGGAGUCUGGCUAGUGGCUUUGAUCUUUGCAAUACCAUUUGCAGUUUACACCACUAUCAAUUACAUCGAAUAUCCUCCAGGUGUUAUUUCAUUACAAGAUAUUUCAUUCCUCAUUAUUGUAUUUAACUUUUUUUCUUUUUUUUUUUUUUUUUUUCUUGAUCGACGUUCAGAAUCAGGAAGAUACUCCGAGGAUUCAGCAGUAUGUGCGAUGUUUUUACAAAACAUGCCGGAUUUUCCUCUUUACGAAUUAAGCUGCUUGAUAUUCUUUCUCAUUCCCAUGAUGUUCAUAAUGAUUCUCUACGUACGAAUGUGUCUCCGAAUACAAAGAAACACGCUUGGUCGCAGUAUCGAGGGUUCGGUCCACGGCGAAACGAGACAAGCACACUCACGGAAAGCUAUCGUACGCAUGCUUAUUGCCGUUGUGAUAAUGUUCUUCGUUUGCUGGGCACCAUUUCAUGCACAACGAUUGCUUUACGUCUAUCGAACGUCGUACUUCGACGAUAUAAAUGAAUGGUUGCAUCCAUUGAGUGGAUGCCUUUAUUACUUCAGUACAACCGUUAAUCCGAUUUUAUAUAAUGUGAUGAGCGCAAAAUACAGGACAGCAUUUAAAGAAACGUUAUGGUGUUCGUCUGUCAAUCUUUCUACGUCAUCGGAUGGUAAUAAUAGCGUCACAGUUUAUGAUUGUGAAACUGGAAAAGAAUUUCGUAUGAUGCGUGUAAGGAGUUUUCGUUACAGAAGGAGUAUCAAAAGAUAUGAUUCGAGCGAACAGACAAACAUCUUACAACGAUCUUUAAGGAAUAACGAGGACUACGGAAGAAGUUCACCGACCGAGACUUUUAUCGACGAUGAUCCAUCGAUCAUCGCAUCGAUAGAACUUAGGAGAUCAUCGCUGGUCGUACAAUCGUAUAACGGACGAACGAAAUGUUGGACGACCAAAAAGGAAAGGGCCUCUUCAAAAGAAACGCACAUUUGAUCCGGGCCUUAUUUUUUUAGACGAAAGGAUUCGUUCGAUAAGUUUAUAUCUACAAACGCGGGAAAAUUAAUGGAGAUAGAUAAAUCAGAUGAGGUCUUUUUUUGACUCCCUUCGAUACUUCAUAUGAAAGAUGAUUUUCUUUUGAUGGACCAAUUUGAUUUUUCUUUAUGAAUAUAAAAUUUCGUAAGGAUAUCACGUUUGUACAAGUUACGCUUGGAUUUUUUCUAAUAAAGACGAGGAACGAUCAAUUGAAAUCUAUUAAAUUCUUGAGAAUUGUUUAUUUUCGUAGAUUAAAUUUUAAAUACAAAAAAAAUUAAUGUACCUUUCAUGCCCUUACAUAUGAAUCGAAGAAUAAACUGUAUGUAUACAAUUUUUAUUUAUUAUACCAUUCAAUAAUCGUAUAUAUAUAUAUAUGUACAUAUAUACGAUAUUGUACUGUUCGUAAUUUCACAAUUGAAUAGCAAUC